AUUAAUAUACUGCCUUGCCGUGUGGUAAGACAAUCUGGAUUGUAUCUCAGAUUCUAGCACUCAAUACGCAGUCAAAGUUUCUAUAGUCUUUUAAGCCACCAGACUAAUGAAGACAAUUGCAAUUCGCCUCGCUGUGUUCAGCUGCACAGACUAUCACAACCGCAGACUAGUCAUACUAUCGAUCAAUACAAUUCAGUCCGUAUUCUUUCUCCAGGAACUUGUCGCUAGUAGGCCUGCAUUUAUCACCGGCCUUUUGGGCUGCUGCAGCGGUAGCAAGGAAGGUGGGAGCAACAGUCCUAAUGAGACUUAUUACUCUGAACUUGCAAAGAAUAAAAACGUAUUUGAUGUUGUGUAAUGGCGUAUCAUGGAAAUAGAGAUGCUAGGACUUGCUUGUAUCGCUUCGACCAACAGAGCCUCUGACUCCUUUGGCAGUGUGGUUGUCCACAUUCCGGGUGUGGUAUUUAAAUGGCUUCCAUAUUGCUACCACGUUGUUGUUAUUUAUACACCUAAUACACUAUGGAGAUUAGAACAUGCACGUCGUCACAUGGAAAGAG